AUGAGCCUCAUCUCCAAGGUCGCGGGUCUGUACCAGAAGUCUAUCAGCAAGUCGCUGGGCAUGUACGGCCUCAAGUAUGACGACGCGCUCGUGGACACGGCCGCCGUGCAGACGGCGCUGCACUGGAUUAAGGGCGAGGACUACCAGGCCCGUACCAAGCGCAUCGCUCGUGCCACCGACUGCUCGCUUAAGCGCAGCUACCUGCCGGACGAGAUCCAGGCUAUCCAGCGCCCGCUCGACUUCUACGUGUCCGACAAGGUCGUGGAGGCCGAGAAGCUCGCCCAGGAGCGUGCCGAUCUCACUCGGUGGUAA